UUAUGUUCAAAAUGUCAAUUGAGGUUGGACCGAAUAAACGAGGACUUCCCAAGUUAAGGGACCUUUUACGGCGCCAGAGAGGGGAAUCGGAGAGUAUGCCAGACAGCCCCGACUUAGAGUUUGUGUACGAUGACGCUGAUACCUACUUGGCUGAAAUAUCAGAACUCUACAGUUAUACAGAGGAAACUGAAUUCCCACAGAACAGAAAUGCAUUUGAAACACUUUUCCCAAAUACUCGAUGGUUGUCGAUAGGAGAUGAAGAGAGAAAAGUGAUUUUAUUAAAUCUACUUGAUCGCAUAGAAGUUAGUGGACACAAAGAGCGCAUACAGGCCCUCCAAGCAUUGUUAUACUUAGUCCAAGGUGUAUUUGGAGAGUGUGAAACAGAAGAUCAGCAGGUUGACAUGACGGCACAUAACUGUUACCUCGUCUAUGAAGUUGGGGUAUUCGCUGUUUGUGUGUCUUUACUCAACAUGGAGUCUGAGAAUGUAAAUGCCGCAUCAGCUGCACUUAGAAAACCUGCUGUCUCAUUGGCUGAUAGUUCAGAUCUCAGACUCAUCCUCAAUGUUCUCUAUACAGUUGUCGAGACACUCAGGCACAAACAUGAAAACGAUUCGGAAGAAGAAGAAAAAACAAGACAGCUUUUCAUCACAGAGCUUGGUUCUGCUAUGUAUGAAGAGGAGACCCUGGCAGUGAUCCUAUGUGGAAUGAUAACAAAGUUCUGCAAUGGAAGUGCUCCACAUUUCCCCAUGAAGAAAAUAUUGCUUCUUAUCUGGAAGGUCUUGCUGGUAUCUUUAGGGACACUUCAGGACUGUUAUGAAAGGAAGAAUAAUGCAAGGGAAGCAGCUGGCCUCCCCAGAUACCCAGAAAACACACUAGAAGUUUGUAAAAGUAUGAGAGCAGCCUCCCCACCUGCCAGUGCUGCAGACCUCAUAGAACAACAGCAAUUACCCAGAGCCCGCACGAGGAGCUACGCCAGAAAGAAUAGUAUGGAGGACCCAACUGGAAUUGAUCCUAAUGGAGAUACUCUGGAUGGGGAAGAUGAGAUCACCAAGGAGCUGGCUGGGAGUGAUGAUGAAAUUCCCCCUACUCCACCUCGACCUAGUACUCCUGCUCCAGCCAGGGGACUCCCCUGGACACCAAAAGUCAGGAAAAAAGAUCUUGAGGCAUUUCUCGAUCACACUCGAGUGAAAUUUGUGGGAUUCCAUGUGCCAGAUGACUUGAAUUCUCUAGCUGGUUUGCCCCAGCCUAUACAUGAAGGUGUGAAGGUAUUGAAGCAACACCUAUAUAUCUCCCUGGCAGAGCUUAUGGUGAAGCGUGAAGAAGAGAUUGCUGCCAACCCACUCUCCAAACCUGAGGGGGAGGUGAAGGAAACAGCCACUGAGAUACUAUACCGGGGACUUCUACCUAACCUACCACAAUAUGUGAUUGCCUUGUUGAAGAUUCUACUGGCUGCAGCUCCCACUUCUAAAGCUAAGACAGAUUCCAUCAACAUACUAGCAGAUGUUUUACCAGAAGAAAUGCCUACAACAGUACUCCAGUCAAUGAAGCUAGGCAUAGAUGUAAAUAGACACAAGGAGAUCAUAGUCAAGUCAAUAUCAGGUCUCUUACUCCUCUUGCUGAAACAUCUCAAAAUAAACCACAUAUACCAGUUUGAGUUUCUCAGUCAACAUCUGGUAUUUGCCAACUGCAUACCUCUUGUGCUGAAGUUCUUCAACCAGAACAUCAGCUCCUACAUAUCAGCUAAAAAUGUAAUUUCUGCAUUGGAUUUCCCCAAUUGUGUAAUAGGUCCACAACCUGAACUGACAGCUGAGAACCUGGAGGCUGGUGAUAAUCAGCAGUUUUGUUGGCGGAAUCUCUUCUCCUGCAUAAAUCUCCUCCGUAUUCUCAACAAGCUUACAAAGUGGAAGCACUCACGAACAAUGAUGCUUGUAGUAUUUAAAUCUGCCCCAAUAUUAAAGAGGGCACUGAAGGUCAAGCAGGCAAUGAUGCAGUUGUAUGUUUUAAAACUGCUUAAAAUGCAAACCAAAUAUUUAGGCCGACAGUGGAGAAAAAGUAACAUGAAGACAAUGUCUGCGAUAUAUUCCAAAGUCAGGCACAGGCUUAAUGAUGAUUGGGCAUUUGGCAAUGACAUGGAUGCUAGACCCUGGGACUUCCAGGCAGAGGAAAGUGCAUUACGGACAUGUGUAGACUGUUUUAACACCCGUCGUUAUUCCAUCAAUGGUUAUGAGACAGAGUAUAAAAGUGUCGAUAAUUGUCUACAGAGUGUACUUGGACAAGAUAUAGAACUCAGUGAGGAAUUCAAACAACAUUAUGAACGCUGGCUAGAAAUGGAGGUGUAUAAUUCUCAAAUAGACUGGGACCAAGUCAUAAUGCAGUGUUAAUAGAAAAAAUGAAUAGGUCAUAUUUAUUAGAAUAUAUCACUGCGACUUUGUUUUACAAUUUUAAGCUUGGUCUGGCAUGUUCCGCACUAAAUUCUGCAUAUAACUGAUUUCAUAUUCAAUUCAAACCGUUUUAAAAACGUCUCUUUUGUUCAGAGAUCGCUGAGUCAUCGUGCAGUACAUGUGGAAUUUAGUGUGAAAGCUAUUCGAGAUGGACAUUACCAAGAAAAGUGGACUUGAAUUACAAAUGCAGUAUAAAGUGGGUAAGAUGAGAAAACAUAUUUCAGUAUUUGGGAUUAGCUAUGAAUGAAAUCAAAAAGGCUCAGUUAAAAGUUCCAUGAUACAACGAUACUUAAGGUGAGAAAUGAAUGGUAACCAUUUAAAGCCUAUAUUUUAUUCUCCAUUCUUGCUUUCUGAUUAAUAGAACCUGCAAUUUGUUAUAUAACUAUUCAUAAGGCCUGAGAGAAUAAUGUCGAAAAAUACAAGAUUUUGUUACACUUGGUCUUUUUGUGAUUGAAAUAUUUUGACAACGUUAGGGCCUAGUGAAUGUUUUUUUCUCAUGAAAAUAAUUUUUCUGUUUACCAGUGUUUUGUUUAAAACUUCACGAACAUUGUAUUUUAACUUUGGUGUAAAAAUAUCACAUUGAUAUUUGAACUGACCGAGAUGGAUUACCGGAGUAAUUGAUUACAAUGACGGACAAUGACUGUUGAACUGAAAAUGAUUAUAGCAAUGACUGUUGAACUGAAAAUGAUUAUAGCAACACAAUGGAGUUUUUUAUCAGAUCAGUCGAUUGACAUACCACGUACACCUGUGAUUUUAUAUCAGAUGGUAAUCAAAUAAUCUUGCUACCUUGUAUUCUUUCAAACAAGAAAUCAAGUCGCAUAUAAAUGUCAACAUCAUGCAUGAUAAUAUUUAUUACUAAAUAAAAAACAAAAUACUAAAACACUUAUCUUACAUGUGUACAAGUAUCAACGUAGAGGUAGAGGCCAAUAUUAGAAUACAUCCUGUCUUUUACUGUUAUAUAAACGAUAGCAUG